CGUCGACCUCUCUCUGGAAGAAUGCAUUGAAAAUACAUUUUACACUGGACGCCAUUGAUAUUGUUUACGUGAGCAAUAUUCCCUGUUUUCUUGAAAUCAAUAUCAGAACCAUUGGAUGUAAGCAACGAUCUUUAUCGAGUAAACGAGCAAGCUUCCAAAAGAAAGAAACCAGUUUAUUUACAUACAUUUAAUUAUCUGGAUGAUAUUGUAAAUAAACCAACUGCUAUAUUAUAAAAACACCAUGAACGAGAAUACAGAUAACUUUGAGAUUCCGAAUGAGUUGAUGAAUAAUUGGAUUGCCAAUGGUGACGUGGUGAGCGUGUCAACUGAUAUUACCAUGUUGGAGAACAUGACGCAAGGUACCUCUGAUUCGAAUAAGGCAGAGCCAUCACAGCCUGAUGAUGCACCUCGGCUAGUUAUCUUGACAGAACCAAAGGCGAGGGGAUUUCGUUUCCGAUAUGGUUGUGAGGGUGGUUCUCAUGGUGGACUUCCAGGAGCUGAUAGUGAAAGAGGACGAAAAACUUACCCUGCAGUCAAAAUUUUAAAUUAUCAAGGAAUGGCUCGAAUUGUAGUGAGUCUGGUAACCAAUGAUUCUAUCCCAACACCACAUGCACACAGUCUUGUCGGCAAACAAUGUGACGAUGGAAUUUGUACCGUCCAAGUUGGACCGACUGAUAUGACAGCCCAAGCAAGCGAUAUGGAUUUGUCAGUCGUACGACUGUGUUUUCAAGCAUAUUUAGCCGAUGGUAGCGGCAGUUAUACAAGACAGUUGGAUGCAGUCGUAUCUAAGCCAGUUUAUGACAGUAAGGCACCUAACGCAUCGCAGUUGAAGAUCUGUCGCAUGGAUCGUUCGUCUGGAUGUUGUACUGGCGGAGAUGAGGUAUAUCUUUUAUGCGAUAAAGUUCAAAAAGAUGAUAUUCAGGUCCGGUUCUUUGAAGAUAAUGGUAAUGGAGAUGUGUGGGAACAGAUGGGGGACUUUGGUCCCACUGAUGUACAUAGACAGUAUGCCAUUGUUUUUAAGACUCCAAAAUAUCGUAAUAUUGCAAUUGAUCGACCUGUCAGUGUUAUGGUUCAACUUAGAAGAAAGUCUGAUUCUGAAGUGAGUGAGCCUAAACCGUUCACGUACCAUCCACAACAAUUUGACAAAGAAGAAGUGAGCAAGAAAAGGAAAAAGACUCUUCCAUAUUUUGGAGAUCACCUUGGUGGGGGACCGAGUGGGAGUGGAAUGGGUGGAAGUGGAGGAGGGAGUACCUAUGGCAGUACUUCGUUUGCGUUUGGUGGUGGGGGCGGAUUCCAAGGAUUUACUGCAGGCGGAGUGCAAGGUUUACAACGAGGCGGGGGUGGACAAAUGGGUGAUCAGAGGUGGGGGCAGAGCCUGCAGUCUGUGAUGACUACCUACCAAUCUCAAGCACCACUACAAGAUGACAGACUACUUGCCCGUAGUGCUGUCGGACCUCAUCAUGUGAUGCCACAGGUUGUCAGCCUUGAUAGAAGUAAAAUCGAACGCCGAUCUCGUGAUUACUCAGACGAUGCUGAUGUAGGAAUUGAUUGUGAUGAUGAUCUUGUUACUGAUGCUGCUCCAUUCACAGAUGAUGAUCUUAUGCAGCAGAAAAUGGCGAGUUUAGGGUUGUCUGACAGAGACAAUCUUGUAGAGCCAUAUAGCACUGGACUGUCUAUGUGUUUUGAGGAAACGAAAGCUAAACGAAUUGAUUCAAUGGUAUCAUUAGAAUAUGAUGAAACAAAACUGCUCAAAACAGAAAAUGAGAAACCUACAGUUUCAGUUGCAGUAGGUGCAGUUCAGACGGAUCCGCUGCCUCUGCCUUCCGUACAGAUCAAUACAGCUACAAUGGAGCUAGCAGAACGGACAUCAGCUGCAUUAAGAGAUUUCUGUGUCACAGGCGAUGUCAAAAUACUGUUAGCUGUACAAAGACAUCUUACUGCCGUACAGGAUGAAAACGGUGAUUCGGCAUUACAUUUGGCUGUGAUUCACGGUCAUGUCGAAGUUGUCCACAGUUUGCUGAGUGUCAUUAUCAGUAUACCGCAACAACAAAUUGUCAACCGCUACAACAACCUUCGACAGACUCCCCUUCAUCUGGCUGUCAUCACCGGCCAACCUGAAGCUGUUGAAUUGUUACUAAGAUGCGGAGCUGAUGUGUCGAAACUUGAUCGUCAUGGCAACACUGCAGCUCAUCUUGCUGCCGAGUUGGGUAGUGUAAACUGUUUGAAGGUGUUACUAAGGCAACAGAGAGAACUAAAAGAAGGUAAAAGAUAUCCCGAAUUAGACUGGAAGAACUAUGAAGGUUUUACCUGUGUUCAUCUUGCUGUUAAAGCUGGUAGUCUGAACUGUUUACGAUCCUUAGUUUCUGUUGGAGCCAAUGUCAAUGAACCGGAUGGUAAAAGUGGACACACAGCCUUGCACCAUGCUGUAGAACAUGAACAUUUAGGAAUUAUUGGAUAUCUUAUACUAGAAGCACAGUCUGAUCUACAUGCUCAGAACUUCGCUGGUGAUACAGUAUUACACAUCGCUAGCGGCCGUCAGAUGUACAAUGUAGCCGCUUUGUUGGUGGCUGCGGGAUCUGACCCAUGGAUGGAGAAUUACGAACCAUUAGAGGAAUCGGAAGAUGAAGAACAAGAGAAAGAAAUAGAUACGUCAGAUGAUGAUUCUUAUGGAGAAACGUCACUUGAUUUAGCCAUGGAUGAUCAGAUGGCAAAAAUUCUCAAAGGUGAGCCGUAUCAUCCGUCAAUAUUAAGUAAAUCAUCGCACAUUUCUGCUGUUCCUAUGGCAACUCACAGUGAAAAAACAACGUCUCAGUCGCCCAGUAGUUUUGAUGUCGGGUAUUACUCGGUUUCAAGAUCAACUGCACUCUCUGAUUCCAUGUCAGAAUGGAGUAGCCACAUCAGUAAAGGAGACAUGAUUAAAUUGGAUCCUAUUGUACGUAACAGUCUAUUAAAACUAUUGGACGUCCCAAGGGACAACUGCUGUGAUUGGAGAUCAGUCGCUGAGGAACUUUGCCUUGGAAACAUGAUAAAUGCUUUUAAAUUGUCAUCUAGCCCCACAAAAAUACUUCUUGAUAAUUUUGAGGCAAUCGGUGGAACUAUUGAACAGUUGCAGCAGGCACUUUAUGUUUUAAACCGAAAAGAUGCCCUGAAGGUUCUAGAGGAAGCUGGAUUUCCUUUUAAACUAACCAUCACACAAGAAAAAGAGCGAGAUGUGAAAGGGGUGAUACCCGAAAGCUGUGAAUCUGGGCUGGGUUCGAUACAAGCUUCAAUGAUAUCAAGAUCUGAUGAAGCUUCUGGUAUGACUGUGUUGCCUAGCAACCAGUCGUCGCAGCAUUUACCAGAUAUAAACCAACCCACAGAGGCACAUUGAUCCAAGUUGAAUAUAAAACUAGAUAAAUUUUAAAUCUAAAAUUUUUAGUUUGAUAAAAAUAUGUUUAUGAAAGUAAACAUAUUUAAACAUAUGUGAUGUAUUAAAUUCAGUACAUGUUACCAGCAAUUUUUAUAUUUAUCACCUAAGUUGUCAUUAUAUGCCAUUUUUUGUGCUUACCUAUAUUUUCCAGUUACUCCAUAAUUUGUAGUUUAGUAAUAGUUUUUGAAUUGGUUUGAGUCAAUCUUAGUUAGUCUUCAACUGGUUUGUCAAUAUCUCAAAUAAUUACGUAUAGUUAUCAAUAAAUACACUCUGACAGAAGUGUAUUUAUGGAGAAAAGUCAUUUUUUUAUUAAAUUCAGUAUACAAUAUUUAAUUUAUGUGUUUGUAUUUGAGAUACAUUUCCAUUAAACAAAAUACAGUUUUCGAAAGGUAAUCACAUUCGGAUCAAAUGGCGACAGCGUCAAAUUCAUAAAUCUAGUAAACUCUAUGUUCAUUUUUUAUGCUCAUGUUUGAGUACUUGUUAUUUGUAAACUUGGAAUAGAUUGUCAAAUAUGUCAAAUUGUUCUAAUUUAAAGUAGAUACAUGAAUUAGGUAUGUCUCUAUUGUUCAUCUUAAUGCACAUGUAGUCAGUAGGAGUUCAUUCUUUUACAGUAUUACAUAUAUGACAUGAUGACUUUGUGACCAUGUAUAUUAUGACUAUUGCCCUCUAUGUCAAUUGCAACAGCAUUAAAAUUAAAAUAUACUUUAGGUUGAAUAAAUUACAUGAAGUCAUUGUGACAAUUAUCUAAUGAAAAACUGAACUCCUAUGAAAUUGCACAAAUAGACACAAUUGGGCACUGAGAACUCCUUGAUAGGAAGAGAGUAACUCGACUUGCUUUUGCCCCCAAAAUAGUACUCCCUGUUCUUUCCCUGGAUGCAACGGCGGGAGAGAAUGGAUUGCAUAUAUUAUUUGAGGGCAAAAGAAUUGUUGCAUGACUCUCUCAAUCUCAGGAAACUUGGUAUCCAUUUGUGUUUAAUGUUAACCUCAAUGAUUUUAAAAAAUAGGAUUACCUUAAAACAAAAAUUUGCUCUGGUUGGUUUUAGAAAAUAUACAUUAUUCUAAAAUGUGUAAUGUAAUUACAUUGGUCAACCCGCGAUUAUAUUGAUAUAUCCACAGUCCCUCUAUCACUGUGAUAUAUCCAACAUACAAAUAAAUGCAAAGAAUUGAAUCCUUGUUGUUCCAGUGAGCAGUCUGAGAAUUAUAAAGAUUCAAGUAUGUUUUUCUUUUCAAAGAUAGAUUAUACUUAGAUGUACAAGCUUUUUUUUUCUUCUCAUGUUGCAUAUCAAAUGUAGUUAGAUUCUUUGAGACUUAUUUUUUAGUGUUUUGUCGAGUCAAUUGCUGUAAUAAUAGUAUAUAGUAAUAGUAUUAAAAUAGUAAUAGUAUUAAAACCACAUUUAAUUUAUAAGCAUUGCAAGAUUGGAUUAUGAUUGUAUAUUAAUCAGUGAUAUAAUUAUUGACCAUUUGCAGGUUUCAUAUUAUGCAACAUUUUUGUUUGGAGUGAAUACACCAUAUUCAAUUGUUGCCAGUCAUGAAACAAUGGAAGCUAAAUUCUUUGAUAAUCCAGAUUCUGGUCAUCACUUGACAAUGAUUUGUGUACACGAGACAAUGACCGUGCGCGUCAUAGUUAAUGAACCUACAUUGCCGACAUAAUUGGACAGAAUGUCACGUGUAUCAGAGUUCACAAUAACUAACGCGGCAAUAUUAGAAUUAGAAUUUGUGGUUUAUUUUUGUGUUAAAUGCAGUGUAAAUGUUUCUUACUUCUUAUUUCAUCAAUAAAUUUAUUAUUUUACAUGUCAA